UUGCAAAUAUUGAUACAAUACACACUUUUUGGCUUUCUUGAACGUUGGAUCAUGAGUUAAUGCCGAAGCCAAAUCUCAGAAACUCCCAGGACCUAAAUCCGAAACACAUAUCCUCACCUUCAAUCUCACACUCCCGCUAAACCAACAGUCUCGAUCAAUUCAGGAUCUCAACUCCCUGGACCAUCCAAUACAAACCCAUUCCCCAUGUCCAAUGUCUAUUAUAUCUCCAAAAAAAUCCCAAUCUUCCUUCAACCCUAAUCCGCCAUGCCGGAAAAGCUCUGCAACCACCACGAAUCCUCCCGCCGGCGAACCCUCCGGUGGGCCGCCGCCGCCUCCGCCGCCGCCGUCUCCCUCCUCCUCCUCUCCGUCCUCCUAAUUUGGGCCAUUCUCCGCCCCAAAAAGCCCCAAUUCACUCUCCACGACGCCACCGUAUUCGUCCUCGCCGUCCCCGCCGGAAACCUCAUCUCCGCCACCGUCCAGGUCACCGUCGGCUGCCGGAACCCUAAUUCGAGGAUCGGAAUAUACUACGACGGCCUCACCGCCUACGCCGCCUACCGCGACCAGCAGAUCACCUAUGCCGCCGCCAUCCAGCCGGUCUACCAAAGCCGCAAGGACUUCACCGUCUGGUCGCCGUUCGUCUAUGGCGACGACGUUCCGGUGGCGCCGUACACCGGCGGCGGCCUCGCGCGCGACCGGUCGGCCGGCGCGAUUCCGUUGGUGGUCAAAAUUAACGGCCACGUUAAGUGGAGAGUCGGCGCGUUCAUCUCCGGACGGUACCACCUCCACGUCAGCUGUCCGGCGAAUAUUCCGGUGGAUUAUUCCGGCGGAAUCGCCGCCGCCGGAGUUGCAGUUAAGUAUCAGCUCUCGCAGAGAUGUAGUGUUAGCGUCUAAUGAGAAAAUAUAUAUAUAUACAUAAUUAAAAAUAAAUAAAUUUAUAAUUAGUUACACGGAUUUUUAUUGAA